AUGUGGCAACAGGCGCAAGCUCAGCAGCCCAACCUGGACGCCAUGUCGAUGUUGCAGCAGACCCAAAGCCAUCAACACAACCCUGCGUUCCCCAUGAUGUUGCAAUCGAACGGACAGCGGUUCUACCAGCAGCCCUCCAUGAAAAUGUUCCAACAGGCACUGCAGCAGACUCAAGGCUCACAACUCUACCAUGCCACUAUUGCAUGUAGCAAGCGCUUCUCCGAGGAGGAAAAACAAAAGCUUGAGAAGGUCUUUACAGACGAGACCCAGAAGCCAAGCACCAGUCGAAAACGUCAACUCGCUGAGGAGCUAGGUUGCCCUGUCCCGAAAGUCAACAACUGGUUCCAAAAUCGGAGAGCUAGGGAGAAGCAGGUGCACAGGGUCCAGGCAUACGAAGCCAGCCAGGCAGCUGAUACGGCAGCAUCGGAGACCGACGUGGUUGAUCCUCAAGAGGAUGAAAGCGAGCCUGUUUCCCGCAGCGAGUUUUACAGCUUGAGCAAUCGGAGCCAGCCUCUUCAGCCCUCUUCGGCCCCGUUCUCUGAUAACGAUGAACGGUCGGAGCAGCACAGUCCAUCUCCCAACUCCGCAAGCGGCCAAGACACUGAAGAUUACGGUACCGACUCGUCCGCAGCAAGUCCGACCAAGAUUUACGGUACAUCGACAGAGGAUGAUAUCAUCAGAGACUUGGCUGGGGAUAGCCACGCCACCGUCUCUCAAUCCCAGCUCCUGCCGCCGAAUCAGAUAGAUGCCUUUUCCAACUCCAGUGUCCCUUUGAUUGCUGCGAGCUUUGAGGGCCACAAUGACAACUUCUCGUCAUCCCCUGACACAUACGCGGACGUCCAGGACCAAAUGUCUUUCCAAUCGCUCAAUGACCAGUUUGCUCCGACAUUUUCGACUGGCGAGAUGCAUGGUUUGCCAAUUUUCGCCACAAGCAUCGACAGAUCCGACUCCUUCGCCUCAUCAGCAUCAAUCCUGACCCCAAGUACUGCGACCUUCAGCACUGGAAUGACGAGCCACGACCACACUGGGGACCACUCGGGCACAGGAGAAUCAGACUUUUCAAGUGUCGAGACAUUGUCUCCGGAUAUGACCUCUGGAACCUCGCCGGCUCUCGAACAGUCGGACUCAACACCUGAUAAUACUUUUACGCACCCCAGCAUUGCCUCGCGGAGAAAGACCCGGCCUCCUCAGCGGUUGAACCAAACGGCUUUGCGCAACUACCCCAACGGACCGAAAACCGGUGUAGAGGGCUCUAAGCGAUCCGAGAUGUACGGAUCGAUGAGGAGAGCCGCGUCAGCAAACGGUCCACUGUCAGGCAAGAUCUUUAAAUCAGGCCCUCCCGUUUCCCCUCUGUCUCCUCGAUCUUUCGAUCCAAAUUUCCUCGAGCAAUUCGCGAGGAACUCGUCCUUGACUGUGGCAUCAAAUGCCUUUAAGGAAGGAUCUGAUGGAUCCCCUGUUGGUUCGACCUUUGAGACGCAAUACCUCUCAGCGGAUGCCCCACGCUUCAGUUUCCAGAGAUCUUCUAUUUCGAUGAACGGGCUCAGGGAGAACGCAGCCGUGUCGCCGAGCACACCCGACUUCGCGCGGGAUGUCGCUUACUCCGGUGUUCAAAAACAGGGUUUCCAGUCCUUCCAACAACCUACCUUCACGUUGGACACUGGCUACGGGAAUACUUCGUCAUCGGAUGAGGCGCUGGCGACUCCCAGCCUGUCUCAAUUCGGGUCCGAGAUCGAAUUUCCCACCUCGCUCUGCGCGCCGAGAUACGUCGAAAGCGAACCAGCAACUCCUGCUGCCAUACAAUCACAGGCGUUCCCUGCCUUCAAGUUUGAUUCACCGCCACGAGGAGACAUCUACCCUUGGUCGAGAUCACCUGACCAGUUGCCGAUGUGGAAGGGAUCCAUCGCGCAGCUCAGCGAACCUCAGUCCCACAACUUCCAAUUCCAGCCAAACAUCACCCCACAAAACUUCCAAUCGCCCGGGCAGGGUUGA